CCAGCCUCCUCCCCCGCCUGUCCAGGGGCGGCACUGCGGGCUGGGAAGCCGGGACCAGAAGAAGGAAGGAAGGAAGGAAGGAAGGAAGGAAGGAAGGAAGGAAGAGAAGAGAGGACAGAGGGGAGGAGAAAGGAAGGAAGGAGAAGGCGGAGAAGAGGGGUCCGGAGGAGCCCAGGAGGAGACGGCUGCACUCGCGCGACAGCAUCCACAGGCCACAGUGGGGACCGGUGCUGCCUCCACCGCUCCUCGGAUGGUGACGGGGCCUCGCCGCAGCUGCAGUCCCCUUGAGCCCCGGCUCCGCAGGCCCGCAGCGCCGGAGCCACGCAGGAAUCAUGCCCAGGUCCUUCCUGGUCAAGAAGGUCAAACUUGACACAUUUUCUUCGUCAGACCUCGACAGCUCCUACGGGCGUGCCCGCAGCGACCUCGGAACACGACUGCAAGAUAAAGGAUACCUCAGCGACUACGUGGGGCCAGCGUCCGUCUACGAUGGCGACGCGGAGGCGGCGCUGCUCAAAGGGCCGUCCCCGGAGCCCAUGUACAGCAGGCACGCAUGCGGCGAGUGCGGCAAGACCUACGCUACAUCGUCGAACCUGAGCCGCCACAAGCAGACGCACCGAAGUCUGGACAGCCAACUGGCGCGGCGCUGCCCAACGUGCGGCAAGGUGUAUGUGUCCAUGCCGGCCAUGGCCAUGCACCUGCUCACGCACGACCUGCGUCACAAGUGCGGCGUGUGCGGCAAGGCCUUCUCCAGGCCCUGGUUGCUGCAGGGGCACAUGCGUUCUCACACAGGCGAGAAGCCCUUCGGCUGCGCGCACUGCGGCAAGGCCUUCGCAGACCGCUCCAACCUGCGUGCGCACAUGCAGACGCACUCGGCUUUCAAGCACUUCCAGUGCAAGCGCUGCAAGAAGAGCUUCGCGCUCAAGUCCUAUCUCAACAAGCACUACGAGUCGGCCUGCUUCAAGGGCGGCGCGGGCAGCGCUGGCGGUUCCCAGGUCGGGGAGGAGCCAGAGAGGGAACGGCUACAGAGGCGUCCUACCCCAUCGGCUUUGCAGAUCUCCCGGCUGUGUUCAACGCGUUGGGAACCGGGGAAAGGGGCGGACGGCGGCACCUUCUCCCUCGAGUUCUUUCUGGGGCUUCAGUCUGAGCCGCCCUCCUACCCUCUCCUCGCCUCCUCUGCCAAAUCUGAAUUCUUCCAGCCCAGCUUCCCGGGUUGUCCUCCAUAA